GUCGCAUUGCUGCCUACCUGUACAAAGGAAACAACCGCUGGAAGCAGAGCGUGGAGCUGUGCAAAAAGGACCGACUGUUCAAGGACGCGAUGGAGUACGCGGCCGAGUCGCACCAGGGCGAGCUGGCGGAGGAACUGCUCGGAUGGUUCUUGGAGCGGGGCGCAUACGAUUGCUUCGCGGCAUGUCUAUUCCAGUGCUACGAUUUGUUGCGGCCCGAUGUAAUACUAGAGCUCGCAUGGCGCCACAACAUCAUGGACUUUGCUAUGCCUUACAUCAUCCAGGUGACGAGAGAAUACACCUCCAAGGUAGACAAGCUGGAAGCGUCCGAUGCCGAGCGACAGAAGGAGGGCGAAAGCACCGAACACAAAUCCAUCAUCAUGCCCGAACCGCAACUGAUGCUGACUGCUGGCCCCGGUAUCGGCAUGCCCCAGUAUGCGCCACAGUACGCCGGCGCGUACGUGCCCCCGCAACCAAAUAUGCCCCCAUACCAGUACGGUGGUUUUAAUUAAAGCAGCACUAAAAGUUAAAGAAAAACAAACUGUCUGACCCCCCUUCCCACGAAGAGGAGAAACAAAUAAACCAACCCGAAAUGUUAACUAUCAUACAUACCGAAAACAAAAGGACCAACAAAUAGUGUUGAACUCCUGUUUGGCGUAAUAUGCUAAACAUCUAAAUGCAAACACACAAACACAUUUAUGUAUCUGCAGACCUCAGACCUUCUCACAGCUGCGCGGGAUAAUGUUGUCCCACUUUGGCACCGGUCAGAUGCAACGUUUCUCUUUUACCUUGCAGUUGGAUGGCAAGCAAGGACGUGCUGCGUUGCAUGCGGGACGGGGCGCAUAUGAUGACGCAUAUGCCUUUCAGGUUGGUGGAACACGGUUGCUGGGUUGAUGAGUCAUGAAUGUAAUAAUUUUAAAGCAUUGCCCUACAGAUAAACCACUGGAAAAAAAAAAACAAAACAAAACAAGAACAACACAUAAGACAAGCGACUAAGCAAAAUAAAAGUGAAAAAGCGAAGGUGAAAGAAUAUUCGUUAGCAAAUAUUAUAUGCAUCUAGUAUUGCAGUAUAUUGUGAGUAGAAAUUCAACUAAAAUCGUUAUCAUUUAUCUUAUUGUUCACUAAGAAAAUGAAAAAAAAAUGCUAGAUGCAAAAGAGAUGAAUAUAUAACUAUACUUAUAUAUUAUAUAUAUACAUGCAUAAAGAAAAGUUCUAUACAGCGCGCGCGUAAAGAAAGCAGAAGUAGAAUGAUGCUGUGUGCGUACGUGUAUAAAGGGAGCAGCAUGCCGAGAUGUGAUGCUUUUCCUGUUAUUAUCGUUGUGUACAAUUUAUCCUGAAACGUAGGUAUAUAGACACAAUGCAAACCAUACCCCAGUACAGGAUGCCGCCAAACAUUUAGCCAUGUUGUGUACACAGUAAGAAAUCAGCAUUACGAACGAUAGGAGGAAUAACGCAUCCGAAGCAAUGUCACACACCCCCGCCCAAUCUCUAUCAGAAAUGCAAUCAAUGCUUAGUACUCAUCCGAAAAGCAAGAGAAAAAAGACACACAUAUACACAGGCGCGCAGGUUUACAUAGGAAGAAGAGAUAGGGGCAAGCAUGGAAUAUACAUAAGUAGUGAGAAAACAAAUGAACGCAUUCCUAGUACUACAGCAAGCACAUCUCACUGGUAAGAUUGCUUCACUCACGGUCCCACGUGGUUGCUGUUAGAUGGCAGCAAAUGCAAAUGUCCUUGUUUGCAAACAAAAUCUCAGUAUUUUUCUUCGUUUAUUUUGCUCCCUGCACACAGUAAUGCAGCAGGAUUUGUUGAAGACGAACCACACGACGGAUUUCUUUGUUAUUUGUGGAAGUUUUGAUACUUCGUAUUGCUUCUUAUUUACUUCGUUUUGAAUGGUUUCCUUUGCUAUUUGCACUCCAAAUGAUGCAAAUCAUCAUUCCUUGUCGGUACGAUACGAUGCGGUACAAGCAACCGUAAUGAAUCAAACCUUUUCUCGCUAAAGCACACACACACACACACAAUACAGUAUUGUUAGGUGAAAGAAAGGUUGAUAUGCGGGAUAUAGUUUUUAUUUGCAAAUUUUCUGCACUCUGCACCACUACUGGAUUUGGUUUUCGAACUGGAUUGCUGCUUGACUUUUACAUUAAAUGCACAAACGGAAGCCGAAAAAUCGUUACAGUGUGCGGUAGUAUCAUUAUUUUGUCCUGUUUUUUUAUCGUCACAAUAUUUUAUCCCACCAUCAUUAUCGUUAUUGUGCGGCCGACUGGCAGACAGGCUAAGCUUAUUUAUGCAAUCUAUAAUUAUUAUUAUAUUAAUUCACGUACGUUUUAAUUACGGACCAGGGCAGUUUACACGACAAAGCGCUAAGCCUACUAAGUUUUCCUAGUGUGCAUGGCUGCCCUGAUGCAACCCUUGCAGCCAGCCUAGACACAGACACACGAGGCCGCGGGGCUCUGCAGAUCGAAAGAUCGCAAAGGUUGAGUUCGCGUGGGUGAAACAUUUAGAUGAAUAUAUCUCGUGCGACAUGCAAAACAUGCGACUAAAAAUACAUAACAGAAAAAUACGUAUAUAUAUACUAUAUGCAUAUGCAUGAAACAGAAGAUCCUCUUCUAACACACCAUUUUCCCCUUACCUUAUAUGCAUUAUUGAUUCGACACAGAGUAGCGAAAGAGUAAAGUGUCACCGAACAGCUGGUUGAUUGAAAUUAAAUGCUAUCGUUUAAAACCUACGAGUAAAAAUCACACUAAGGAGCAAAACACAAAAUGAACGAACAAACAAAACAACAAUAAUAAACGCGCGCGUGAGGCGAAUGAAUAAACUCAAAGUUGUCAAAUAAA